AUGUGGUGCUCGCACAGCGGUUUUCAGGAACUGGUGCAAGCGGUCUGGGCAGCUCCUUUGGUGGGAAAUCCUAUCCAAAUUGUGAUAGCAAAACUAAAGGCGGUGAAGCAGGCUCUCAAGCAUUGGAAUAAAACCACAUUUGGCAACAUCUUCAACAACAUUCAAGCUACCUUGGCGGAGCUUAUCCGUGUUGAAGUAGAGGCUCAGGCGGCUCCAGGCCAGGAUUCCCAUCAGAACCUGCAGCUUGCGGCGGCCAAGAGCAGAAGAGCUGUAAUCCAGGAAAUCAAGCUAGCGGAUGGAACGCUUAUCACGAACAUCACAGGAAUCAGAGAAGCUGCGGUGGACUACUUUAAUCAUCUUCUUCAGGUGGAAGACAACCUUGAUGCCCAGAACUUCCUGCAGUCAAUCCCGACAGUAGUGUCAGCCCAUGACAAUGCCCUCCUACUUGCCGAACCAUCCCUGGAAGAACUUCUCCAAGCGGUGAAAGUGAUCCCGCCUAACAGUGCUGCUGGCCCAGACGGCUUCUUUAGGGCAUUUUUUCAAGCCUGUUGGUCGAUGAUUCAACACGACCUUCUCAUGGCUGCCAAAUAUUUCUUCACUGGUGCGGAGUUCCCUCGAGCUCUGACGUCCUCGCUAAUUUGCCUAAUCCCCAAGAUAAGUGCUCCUGUUUAUUUCUUUGAUUUUAGAACAAUUAGUCUCUGUAAUUGUUUGUACAAAAUUUUUUCGGGUAUUUUUGCAUCCAGACUGGGAGCCAUUCUCCCCAACAUUGUCUCCAUAGAACAGGCUGCAUUUGUGUAG